UUUGGAGUGGAGGAGAGAAGUGGCUGAAAACUUCCAUCCUUGAGGUUGAGCGGUUUUUUCUCUCUCUUUUAAUUUUUUUCCCAUUUUUGGCAGGUGGUUGAUGGAAACCACAUGAUGGUUCAGCCCCUGAAGUCAUUUGUGUGUCUGUGUGUGCGAGCGUGUGUGUGAGCUCUGUACCUCAUUGAAACCAGCUUGCCUACAAGGAAGUCAACCCCUCUCAAUCCCCUCUAGUACAGUACAGCCUCCUCCAGUCCUGCGAAGGGCUUGACACACUCAGCUCCAGUCUGCUGGCAAAAGGGGGGAAAAAAUCAUACAAAAAACAAGCGGAGGAACAGAAAAAAGACGGACUUUAACAAGGCGGCCAAGGAGAAGUUGCUUGGGUGGAGAAGAAGGAUCUGCUUCAGGUGUGAUUUCGAGGACCAAACUCUGAUCUGAAGCCUGGGACCUCCCACUAUGGAGCACUUCCUUCUUCUGAUACCCCUCCUGGGUCUGGUGAGCAGCGAACUGCCAUUUGUACAAAGAGGAUUCUGGGACUUCUCCAUGGACGAUCCCUCGGUCCAAGAAGAGGAAGAGGCUUCUGGGAUCUUCCCUACUUCGAGUGGAGCUGAGGCAGAAGACAUUCCUUUCUACCCAGGCCUCUGUCCCUUUGGCUGUCAUUGCCACCUAAGGGUGGUCCAAUGCUCUGAUCUGGGUCUCAAGCAAGUGCCUAAGGAAAUCUCUCCAGACACCACAUUACUAGAUCUGCAAAACAACCAGAUUACGGAGCUGCGCAAAGAUGACUUUAAAGGGCUCUUUCGUCUCUAUGCCUUGGUAUUGGUGAACAAUAAGAUCUCCAAGAUCCAUCCAAAGGCUUUUAGUCCUCUGAUUAAGCUGCAGAAACUCUACAUCUCCAAGAACAACUUGGUAGAGAUUCCUCCUAACCUGCCCAGCUCCUUGGUGGAACUCCGGAUCCAUGAGAACAAAAUCAAGAAGAUCCCAAAGGCCGUGUUCAAUGGGCUCCAUAACAUGAACUGCAUUGAGAUGGGUGGGAACCCUCUGGAGAACAGUGGAUUUGAACCCGGAGCCUUUGACGGCCUAAAAUUGAACUACCUGAGGAUCUCAGAAGCAAAGCUCACUGGUGUACCCAAAGACCUCCCUGAAACCUUAACUGAGCUACAUCUGGACCACAACAAGAUCCAAGCAAUUGAGUUAGAGGAUCUGAUCCGCUACGCCAAAAUCUACAGAUUGGGCCUCGGACACAACAAUAUUCGCAUGAUUGAGAAUGGCAGUCUUGCUUUCUUGCCUAUCCUACGUGAGUUGCACUUGGAUAACAACAAGCUCUCAAGAGUCCCUCCGGGAUUACCUGAUCUCAAGUUUCUGCAGGUGGUGUACUUGCAUUCCAACAACAUUACUCAUGUUGGCGUUAAUGAUUUCUGCCCUGUGGGCUUUGGGGUCAAGCGUGCCUCGUACCAUGGAAUCAGCCUUUUUGGCAACCCUGUGCCUUAUUGGGAAGUUCAACCAGCUACCUUCCGCUGUGCCACUGAUCGCCUGGCUAUCCAGUUUGGCAACUACAAAAAAUAAAAAUCAAGAAUAAACGAGGGUGGGAGGGUUGGGUAGAGGGACAAGGUAAACCCAAUGGGGAAAUGAGGGGGUGGGAGUAGGGAGGGGGAUGUGAAUCAGGCGAUGGUGAAAUGAGGCCCAUUUUGGAGAAGUGGGAGUCACCAGUAGGGUCAUGCUAACAGAAAAAGUCAAGAAUUAUUGACUUCUACGAGCCAGCCAAUGUCCGAGAUAGAGCAAGGGAUGGGAAGGAAGUUCAUAGAGCAAAGGGAAGAGAAAUAGAUGAAGAUCUUACAAUAUGGUCCAUUUAACUAGCCUACAUUAGUCCUGCAUUUGAAAUCAGCUCGUUAUGAUCUGCAAACAAGUACUUGUCUUUCUAGUUCAAAAAAGGUUUGAUGCUACUGCUGGCUUGUCUGGGGCAGAACAGGGUGGGAGGGGGUGGAGGGGUGGGAUUUGAAGGGAUUCUGGCCUAUAGUUUUGUUUGCAUGAGCAGUCCGUUCUCUCAGACCUGCUACACCGGUAUUUUGUUGAUUUGUGAUUGACUUAUGUGCCCCCUGAAUUUAUCAGCUUGCAGUAUGGAUGUCAUUUUCUGACCGCAACCUUCAUAUGUUAUAGAAUGUGUUGGGUGAUCCAAUGAAUUCUGUUUCUGCAUUUCUUUAACUUGCAAAAUCAGCCUCUGUAUAUCUUUUUUAAAAAACAAAAAAACAAAAACAAAAGAGGAAGGCACCUCUAUAUAAUGUACAUCAAUCUUAUACCAAUUAAACUAUCAUGGCUUCUGCCAAAGUGUCCUAGGAAUAGUUUGGUGAGCUGGCUGCAAAACCUCAACAACUCCCAAGAUUCCUUGGGACAAGGAAGGGAUUAAACAGACUGAAACUUCUACUGUGGCUUCUAUAUACCUAAGCCUCUAGCCGCUGGCAAUCUGGCUUCUAAGGUGUUUGUCCAGUGUGGCUGGACAAACACCUAUUAUUCUACUCUUUAUUACCGUCUUUAUUGAAGAAAAAUAGAACUUGUAAAUUAUCCUAUACAAUGUAUAAGUGGCCUGUCUCGAUAUCUGGAAAUGCUGGUUGUUUGAGAAGAUUAAGAUGUGAGCAACUGUAAUGUGGGAUUUUUGACUCAUCCAACAGCAGCAGCAACAACUGCAAUAUCAGCAAUCCCGGGCAAAUUCUGCUACCAAAGUUCCUAGCUUCAAUACAAAUCAAAGUACAGCAUAUCGCACUUUGUUCAACUCAGGUUCCAAUUACCGUAGCAAGUGUGACAUUUUUGGCAAGGGUGGGCAGAUGAUGGAAGAAAUGCCACCCCCUUUUGAGGGUUCUUUCUCUUAAGUAAGAGAGGCCCAGCAUGUCUCCUAUUCCAAUUAGCCAUGCCUUGCAUUGAAGAAGAAGACAAUAAGAGUAACUUGUGGAUGCACAGAAGAUCCAGAAAAGUUUUCUCAGUUCACUGUCCCCAUUCUUCUCUAACCCCUCCUUGUUCUGCCUUCAUUUACUCCGGAAAAGUGAAGUGGAGACUUGGUCCCUGCGGUCACGUCCCCCUCAAAGUGUUUUGAAUAUCAUUAGAUGUAUGCCCCCCCCCACACCCCCAUGGUUGCUUGGUUUCCUGAGGCCCAGAUGCUAAGACGCAUUUAAAAGAGGUGUUCAUUGCUAUAUGCAGAGAAUAUAAUGAGGGGUCCAGCAAUGCUGUCCUACAUUGGUAACUCACCUGUCUUUUCCAAUUUAGUUUUCUGUCUUACAAGAACAUUUAGAAAAACCUGCUAUGGAGGUAAAUAAUGGAAUAACUGCAGGGGAUCCUUCGGUUGGUAACUCCGAGAAGCUUUUUGUCCAAAAGUCUUAGACAUGUAUCAAUUGGGGUAGGCUGUUCAGCUCCAAUCUGAUUCAUUGAUCUGAGAUUUGAAUGGUUAAUUUGAUUAACUUGGAACUGAUUCAAGGAAUUGAGUCUGCCUGAUUUUCUGUAUUAAUGGGGGGGCGGGGGGGAGAUUUUCGCUCAUGCUCAAAAGCCUUUCUGUAUAGGCAAAUCAAGUUUUCUGGCAUCCUGACCUUUUGAUCCAAAUUGUCAAUCUGAUUUGGAAGUUAAUUUGAUUUUUGGUCCAGUCCAACUAUUACAUAACUGAAUCGCCAAUGUGAAGCUUUUGCACAACCCUAUUAUACAGUAGAUGAGAAGUGGGCAGGGAAUAGAUAGCAAUGGGAUUUCUCAAAAUAGGAAGGGGUAAAAAUAGGGCAUUUGGGACCCAGAUAUACCUAAUGGAUCUAGAUUAAAAAAAAUACCCAGCUCUGCCCAGUGCCAUAGAAAUGGAACCGAAGGACGAUAAUGAAACCAGAAGAAGCAGGCCCCAAAUCCUGCACUUCUAUUCUUCACUCUGGUGCAAGCUUGACAGCACAUUGAGGAUGAUCAAAGAAGUAGAGAUAUUGAAGAACCUGGGGGUGGGGGUGGGGGGAGAAAACUAGGAAUUGAGGUGGUAGGACAGCACUUUUCAAUUACCCAGAGAAUGUAAAGGGUUAAAAAAAAAAAAAGCACUAUUCCAGAAAAGGGCAAUGACAAGCCAUUUCUAUAACCCUACACUGAGUGUGACCCAAAGACAACUUUAUCAUUUCACAGUUGUGGACCGAUUCCUCUUUUUUUUUUUUUCCUCAAUCCACCUUAUAUCAUUAAGUAGCAGAUCUUCAGCCCAGACAAGGAACUUUAAACUCAGAAGCUUCAGGUCAGCUCUCAGCUAUGACAGUCCCAACCCUAAUUCAGAAAAUACAUCUCCCUGUUUUUAAUCUUUAAUUGUGUAUGUGUGUAUGUGUGUGGGGGGUAUUUUUUUGCUCAAUCAGAGGCUGGAAAGAAAAGAAAUAAAUAUAAGAAAUCUCCAGAGAGGUUAAGAAAAGCUGAGAGAAUUGUUUACCCACAAGUUUUGGGUCAAACAAUUUUCUUUUCCAAGUAGAUAUCAGAAGAGAUAUUCUUAGAAGCAGUACUGGAUUUAGGCAGAAGCUAAACAAGGAACAGCUUUGGACCCCACAAAAUUUCAGAAUGUCAGUUUUCUGAUUUUGCAAACAAGCUCAUUAUUAGUGAUAUUUAAAAAAGUAAUUUUGUCAGCAGUUUGGUAUGUAUAUUAAUGUAUCUUAAAAUUAUUUUUAAAAUUACAUUUAAUGAUUAUUUCCAGGGUAUAUUGUAUUAUAAUCUAUGAGCAAAAUCAAGCCAGACCAGUGAUAAAUCACUAAACAUUUGGAAAUACUUUUUUCACUUUAAAUAUUAUUAAAUAAUUUAAAGGCUUAUAUAUACAUACAUAAAUGCGCACGCACAUACACCUACAGUAUAUUGCACACACACACACACACACACACACAGAGGCACGCACAUUUUCAAUUUUUUUGUGGCAACCCAAGAUCCUCUUUUGAUAUGGACCUUAGCAAAAAAUCUUCUACAGUAGCCUUUUAACAAGGGAUGUUUAGAACCUCACCAAAUCUAAAUCCUGCAAUGCAAGAAGAUGGAACCUAUGAGAAACUAUGAGAAACAGAAUUACACGGAUGCAUGAACAUAUAUUUUAUAUUUUUUAUUGAAAGUUUUAACAACAAUAAUAAGAGCUAAUGCACACUAGAACAGAAUGAAAAAGAAGAAAGAGAAAGGGAGAAAUAAAAGUUAAAGGUUAAAGUUAAAAGUGCUAAAAGAAAGAAGAGCGGAAGAAAACUAGAGAAAAAGAAAAAAGAUAUAAAGAUAAAAAGAUGUGGUUUUCAGUCUUCUUCACAACAGUUACAGCUACAAUUAUAUUUUAACUUCUUUCUCUCUAAAGUUACCUCAUGACUCUCUUCUUUCUGUAAUCUAUCCUGUCUCAUCAUCAAAACUAUAAAUCAACAGUUCAUUUUUACACACAAAAUCCAUAACGGGUUUCCAUUCAUCAAUAAAUGUACGUGUUUCCAUCUGCAUGAUUGGAUACAUAUACCGUAGGCCACAUCAGUGAAGGAUCCUAUAUCAUUGCUAAGUUUUUUGCCCAGUUCUUAAGAUUUUUUUAAAAAUCAACAGGCAAGUUAUACAUGUACCAGAGGUGGGAAACUAUGGUCCAUUUAAGACUUGUGGCUGACUCAGGAAUUCUGGGAGUUGAAGUCCACAAGUCAUAAAAGGGCCAGUUCCUCAUCUCUGGAUACAAACAAUGCUAAGCUGAGGCGGUAAAGAAAUAAUUUAAGAAGAGGAAAUUUUAUUUUAUUCACCUUGUCUUGAAUUGCAUUAUCAUAUUUUAACACUGUCACCAGGUAGAACAAAGGCAACAGUUAACCACUCAAUAAAAAAACAUCUAGUUAAAGGAAAGGAUGCAACUAUAGGGAUGAGGGAAAAUAAGAGCAAUUACCCAGGUAUGAAUUCUUGAUUUCUCACAUUCUCUUGGUGAACUUUUUAGAAAAAAGAAACUCACUUUUCACAAUGAUGUCCAGUUCCUGUAGAGUCAUGUAGCUAAAAUCUGUCUAGCUGUGAAUUGGAUAACUAAGCCUGUCUGGUAGCAGGAAUUGACUUCCUAGUUUUAUCCUUCCUCCUGUUAAAAAAAAGUAGUAGAUUUAUGGGUUUUAUAUAUAAAAAAAAACAUUAAGAAGCCCAGUGCAAUAUUGACUCUUGUAGAAGUAUCCAAUAAAGUUAGCAGUAAUUGCCACCUUUAGCUGUUAUCACUGGGGUUGGUGAAUAAAACAUCUUUUCGAUUUAGAAACUCAAGCAGCAGUCCAAUGCAGCCACAGGCAGGGAGACCAAAAGCAACUUUGUGCAUUAUUUUCUUUAGAUGUCUAUGUAUGCUUUUAGGACUUUUUAAAGUGUCCAUCUAAAAAUAUAAAGUAUGUAACUGGCAAAAGAACGUAACCUGCUGUUGAAUAUUGUAUGUGAUGUGGCCAUCUAGUUUACUACAUGCAAAUGUAUUUCUGACUGAAAUAAAUUUUUGGCAUUCA